UUUAACUGACGAGAAAUUGUUGCCCACAUAUUUGUCGGUAUUUGAACGCAGAAAUAAAUUUCGUUUUAUAGAAAGUUUUAUGAUUUAUACGAAACAGUUCUUAAUAUAUUACAUCUUUGAUAUAAAAGGCAGGCUGUUGGAAUAAAAUCAUAGCUUUUAAAUUGACAGAAAUAUGAGUGCCUUCAUUUGCAAGAAAAUAACUGGAAACAAGUAUAAACAGUGUAUAAUUAUUCUAUUCAAAAUUUCAACUGUACUACUCAAAGUUUAAAUAUGAAGACUAAUUAAAUAAUUAGAAAUCCGAUAAACACUGUAUACAAUUCUUCACUGUAACAUGUCACAGGAAAAUAAUGCAUAAGUAUUUUUAAUAGUCAAAAACGAGAUCUGAUUUGUUGAGGUCUUUGCCGCCGUAUAUGUUAACUUUAUGAAAACUUUGGCAGAAGAAUAUAUGUUAUAUGUGGUGCUUUAAACGUACAAAACCUAAGUUAUAUUAAAACAGUCUACGGAACAGUAUAUAUAACGUUUAUAGUUGUAAUUAUAAAAUAUCAAUGAAGAGAGCUAUAUUACACCUGGAGCUAACUGGAUAUGUAAUAUAAAUAAUAAUUCAUAUGCAUUUACAGGAUAGGAUGAACUUGAAGAUUGCAAAAUGUUUGUUGCUUAUGUUUAUUGCCAGGGGAAAAUUAUGUGUAUAACAUGUGCAUAAAACAGAUUGGUUAAAUAUGUGUUUAUUGGGAGAAGUAAAAAUCUUAUAAGUGUGUUGCAUAUAGAAAAACAUUUUCCUUAAAAAGAAAAGCUUCAUUUGUAUGAUAUAUGAAACAUGUCGCUUCUAAAUGGGAAUUAUUGGAAUAAAGAUGCAUGUGCUCAGACAAAUAAAUCUUAUACAUGUGAAAUGUGUCAUAAAUCAUGUAGUGGAAAACAGUAUUUAAAUCAGCAUAUGCUUACCCACAUGGAUGAGAAGGUAUAUGUAUGUGAUACAUGUCACAAGCCAUUUCCAAAAAGACGUCUUUAUGUAAGACAUAUACGUUCCCAUUUACUUGAAAAACCUCAUGUUUGUGAUACAUGUGGUAAAUGUUUUGCAGCAAAGAACAAUUUAGUGAAGCACGUUCGUAUUCAUACUGGUGAAAAACCUCAUAUGUGUGACAUAUGUAGUAAGUUGUUUUCUAACAGGAGUGACUUAAAAACGCAUGUUCGAUGUCACACGGGUGAGAAACCAUAUAAGUGUGAAAUAUGCAGCAAGUCUUUUGCUAAACAAAGUAAUUUAUUUUCACAUUAUCUUACUCACACAGGUGAGAAAUCUCAUGUGUGUGAUAUUUGUAACAAAGCAUUUGCUCUGAAAAGGAACUUGAAAAGGCAUAUUUUUAUACACACAGGUGAAAAACCUCACAUAUGUGAUGUGUGUCGGAAGUCAUUUACAAGCAAAGGUGAAUUAAAUAAGCAUAUGCAUAUACAUACGAAACUAAAAGUGCAUGCAUGUGAAAUAUGCAGCAAGUUAUUUGCAAAGAAAAGUGACUUGCUAACACAUCUUAACACCCAUAUAGGCGAGAAAUCUCGAUGCAUGUCUUCUGCAGCAACCUUGGUGACAGAAAACAGUUUUGCCACAGUCCAAGCUUAAGAAAGUGUGAUUUGUUGCCAACUGUAAAUGCCAUUGUAAACAAAAUUGACUAUGGUAAAUAAUAAAUUGUCAUUUCAUUCAA